UUGCCUUUGCAGGGGUUCAUCAGCAUUGUGUGUGCUGCUUUGCGUCGUGCUUUGGCUUCCAAAACCUGUGCGCUGCAUCGUGCUGCAGGCAUUUGGUUUCUCGGUUGACCCUCUUUUCCUUUCCUAUAGCAUCCUAUAGCUAUGGCACCUUGCAACUCCAUGUUGGCGGCCGCUGGCCUUGCUGCUGGGGGCUAUGUGGCCACGCAGGCCUUUGUCCCAAGCGCUUCUGGACCUGUGGUGAACCACGAGGCAGUGCAAAGCCUUCGUGGCACAUCAGCUACACAGGCUACACCAUCCAAGGGAUUUGGCAGGGCUUUGCCGUUGAUGGGCCUUGUCGGGGUCGGAGCUGUUGCUGCUGGACGUGGAAGUGUUGCACGCCGUGCGGAACCUGCAACCGCAGCAGCCGCUGCAGCAGCUGCUGCCAAGGCAGCCGCAGCGGCUAAGGGAGUGACCGCCACAACAUCGGCUGUGGCAGGUUCAGCUGGUGUUGGAUCCUUGAAGAAGGGGAGGGGUGUUGCUGGUAAGGGCUCGGGAAGUUAUUUCUUCGACCCUAGUACUCAGAUUGGUGCCAUGGCUCCACUGGGCUACUUUGACCCAGCUGGCUUGUGCAAGAAGGGAGAUGAGGCGACAUUCCGCCAGCUUCGUGCUGCCGAGCUAAAGCAUGGCCGUGUUGCGAUGAUGGCAGCUGUUGGCGCGGUCGCGCAACACUACGUGAGGUUUCCUGGUUUUGAGUCCGUGCCAAGCGGCCUGGCUGCUUCAAUCACAGGCCCUGGAAGCUACGGCUUUGUGGCUUUGUUUGCCUUGGCUGGCAUCUUGGAGCUUGGUGCUUGGACCGAGAGUGACAAUAAGGAGCCAGGAAACUUUGGUGACCCACUGGCCUUCAGCCAGUACACCCAAGAAUGGAGGGAGCGAGAGAUCAACAACGGCCGCUUUGCGAUGUUUGCAGCUAUCGGCAUCAUUGCAGCUGAGCUGUACACUGGCAAGGAUGCCAUUGAGCAGUUUGGAAUGUAGAAAGCAUGAAAGCUGCGCGUCGUUGCAUGUGCGGUCCUUUUACACAAAUUUUCGGGUAUUGCUGCUUGAGCUGGUAUAGAUGAGCUGAGAUCUACCAUCCAGGUG